CACAUUCUCAUUCAUGAGAAAUUUCUCUUGCGUCGAGAAAUUUUAUAUUUUUCUUUCAAAAUAUUUAAAAAAUUUUAUUUCACUAAAGAUCUAUAGGCUUACUACGAUUCAUUAGGGGUAUUUAAGGAGUUUACAGCAGUUAACAAUGAAUAGAAUUCAAAAUGGAUGGUUUUCUGAGGUGAAUUCUCAAUGGCCAGGACAGGCAAUGUCUUUAGAAGUGAAUAGUGUCCUUUUCGAGGGAAAAUCGAAAUAUCAGGAUAUCUUAGUGUUUAAAAGCAAAACCUAUGGAACAGUACUUGUCUUAGAUGGUGUUAUACAAGCUACAGAGAGAGAUGAACAUUCKUACCAAGAAAUGAUCACUUUUCUACCACUGAAUUCACAUCCAAACCC